AUGUCUGGAAGAGCUUUUAGAAGAGCUGUAAAUAAAGAAUAUGAACUUGUCUCAAGGCCCAAAAGUGCUGAUGAUUCAAACCAAGCGGAAGAGGAAUCCGAUUAUGAACAACAGAAAACAAAUUUAUUUGAUUUGCUUAACGAAGGUAUUGAAGGUAUUGAUGAUGAAGAGGAACAAAAUUCUGAUGAAAACGAAAAAGCUAAACAAGAAAAAGUUAUAAUUGAAUCGCCAGUUCCAACAAAAUCUAUUUCUUCAAAAAAGAAAAAGAAAAGGAAGAAAAUUUCCGAAAAAAGUUUUGUAAAAAAUAAGGAAAAUCAUCAAAAAAUAGAUAAUUCAAUUAAAGAAUUUUCAGAAAAAUUUGACAGUUUAUCAAAUGCUCAAGAAAAUAUUGAUUCAAAGGAGACAUCCUCGAUUUCAUCAAAUAUUAAAUUUUUAACUGUUGAUCCUCGUUUGUUGGAUGCUGAUGGAGAAAUGAAAAGAAUGUUUUCUUCUAGAAUUGUAGAUAGAGAAAUUCGAGAUAGGAAUUAUAUUCGAACAAUCAGAAAAACAUUAUUGGCAAAACCAAGACAAACUUGGCCACCAAUCGUUAAAUUUGGACUUGGGAUGGAUUUAGUGGAAGAAAAAGAUGGAAUUUAUAAUUUUGAAUUCACACAUUCUCAGCAAUAUCAGGCAACACAAAUAUCAUUCUUACAUUGCAUAGCUACUCAUGAUUCAAGCACGAUAUUUGAACUUUUACGAAAAAAUCCGUAUCAUAUCGAUUCAUUAUUACAAAUCAGUGACAUUUAUAAAAUGUCAGACGAUCACGCGAUGUCUAGUGAAUUUAUAGAGCGUGCAUUGUACGCAUUCGAGAAAAGUUUUCAUAUCAAGUUCAACAUUUCCAAAGGUAUAUCUCGUUUGAAUUAUAAUAAAUUUGAAAAUCGAGCAUUCUUUCUCGCCCUAUUUCGUCAGAUUCAAACUCUAUCUAGACGAGGUUGUUGGCAAACAUCAUUUGAAUUUAGCAAAUUGUUACUUUCAUUGGAUCCAGUAAAUGAUCCAUUGUGUGUGCUACAUAUAAUUGAUUAUAUUGGAUUAAAGGCUAAACAGUAUGAAUACGUGAUAUCUUUUACAAACGAAUGGGAACACUAUAAUUUGAAAGAUUUACCAAAUUUUUCUUAUUCCUCUGCGAUUGCAAAAUUUCAGUUGGAAUUAAAAGAAUUAAAAGAAAGUAACAAUAUGAAUGGUCAUAAAGAAAGUACGGCAAUGCUUGAGAAGGCAAUUUUAUAUUUCCCUACCGUUGUCCCGUUAAUAGUCAAAAAAUGUGAUAUUCAACUCGAUUCUGAUAUUGAAGAAAAUGAAUUUUUACAAGAAACAUCGACAAAAAAUUUUUUGAAUUUAUUGAUUGAUCUCUACGUUGAGCAAAAUUCACCUUUGUGGACUCAACCAGAAGUUAUUACCUGGUUCCAAACCGCAAUAAUAAAUGUGGUUGUGAAAUUACAAAUUCCAAGUUAUAAAGCAUCUUUAUCUGAUAAAGAAUUUUCAGCUGCAUUCGUUCAUGGAAGACAAAUUAGGGAAAAUCUAUUUGAUGAUCAAAUUCCGUUGGAUAUUAGUAGAUAUAUAAUUGUUUCGGAAAAUUCAAAGUUUCUGGGCAGACUUCCAGCAGUAGUAAACCGAAGUAUAAAUCUUUAUGACCCUUUGCCUCCACCUGAUGGAACUAAUCCUUACUCUGUGCACACUGCUGGUCCAAUUGAUGGUAACAUAAUUGAUAUACAAAGACUAUUAGGCAGAGUACCAGUAAAUGCUGCAAAUCUACAGGCAGCUGCUGAUAGGCUUGUUGAAAUUCUAUUAUGUUAUAAUUGUGAAGUGAUUAAUGUUGCAUCUCUAAAGUUUCUCUAG